AUGUCGAUAAAUCGACCACCCUGGCUCGCAAAGUUUUCCGGCUCCUCAAGGUCAGUCAGAUAUGAUUAUCUUCUGUCCUGGGUGAAUGAUCUGCAUGCUCUUGUCAGCCCGCCGGCUAAAGGGACUCCUCUCGCCCUCGUCCUGCUUGGCAAGCCCAAAAAUGCGUUGCUUUCGAUGUCCUUGUUCCUGGAUCAAUUUGUGUGGUUAGGACGAACAGGGAUAGUCAAGAACAAGGAGGCGACGGACCGCGUUGGCAGGAUAUCCCUGUACUGCUGGAUGGCGUCUUCUGUCUGUGCAGGUCUAGUUGAGCUUGGAGAGCUUAAAAGGCUAUCGAGAUCAAUGAGCAAGCUUGCAAGAGAGCUGAGGAACACAGAUAAAUAUGAGAAUGAGCAGUACCAAAACAAAAUGAAGCAGUCAGAUGAACGGCUCCUGGCCCUGGUCAAGGCGGCCAUGGACGUGGUCGUGGCCAUCGGGCUUCUUCAGUUGGCGCCCAAGAAGGUCACUCCAAGGGUGACAGGAGCCUUUGGGUUCAUCACCUCGCUCAUCUCCUGCUAUCAGCAACUUCCUUCCCGCGCUCCUGUGGCCAAAGUCAAAGUUUGA